AUGUAUAUGUGCGCACGCUUUCCCGCGCUUGAUCGCCCUAUAGCGCCAGCCAUCUGGGAGCAUCCAUCCACUGUCCACCAAGCUCUCUAUGUUGUAGGUGAUAUCUUUGGUCUUCUAGGAAUAUACUUCAACAAUAUCCACUACCACAGAGCCAACAUUGCAGAAAUACAGAACAUGCUUGACGUGUUAGCAAUGAAUCUGAAGUACAAAACUUUUCCACUGGUUCUAUUUCUUGGAAUACAAGAAGAUGCAUUCUUGAACACUGUAUUUUGGAAAUGGGGACUUUUGGCUAAGAAGGCUGCACUAUGUGAUGUUACUUCACUUUACCAAGGGACAACUGGUGGACCAAAGACAAAUCCCCAGAAGUGGAACUUUGAGCAUACCACACCAGGAUCUAUUAUGUGGGCAGCUUCAAUACUAUCACAGGCAAUCUUUCUGCUAUCACCCAAUACAGAAUUUCAGAAGUCUGACUUAGGAAAGUCCUCUGAUAUCAACUACAAGGACCUGUUCUUUUACUAUAAGAAGCUCUUGCUCAUGAACUCUGUAAAAUCUUCUGCUUCUGCAGCUAGCCAAGAAGAUCUCUCCAGUGAAGUCAUUUGUACCAUGAAUACACUCAAUAUGAGCGAGUCAGAUAUAUCUACCUCAUCUUCAAUGGUGCAGGGUGCUACUGUCUUUCAGUCUGACAUCAUCGAGGCACAGCUUCUAGUUUACCUCACACCCGCUCUCAGCACUGUUUCCUCUCUUAGUACUACCUCCACUCUCAGUGCCACUUUCAAAGUUUCUAUUCAGGAUGUUAUGGUAGGUCCAGUGGCUACUACCACAGUUAUAGGGCAGGAUGCAGAUGUGAGACAGAAACCAGUUCAAGCUUGCUACAUCGAGCUUGUGCAAUAUGCACUUGAUGAGCUUUUGGAAGAAUCAGAUUCUGAAGAUGACAGUUACAGCACCUCCUCGAAUGAUAGUGGUGGAUCCAUCAGCAUGUCAGUUUGUUCGAUGUCGUCGGAUGCAUCUUUGGACUCCCUGAUGUCGGGUAUCACAAUCACAAGUGCCUACUCCUCCCAGCUUUCAUCAGAUGGGCCACAAAUGGCCGGUCGAGCCUUUACGGAGUUUAUAGAUGCUGUUCAUGCUUUGGCUGACAAAGUAGAGACCAGCCGUGUUCUUAAGGCGAGACCCAAACUUAGCCGCGCCCCACAACUGCACCUGCUGCCAGAAUGGGGUAUGCAUGCCCCCGAUAAAUUUUUGCGAAAGCUUCGUGUGUCCCCUGCUGUUUUCGACAAACUCAUUGAACAUAUCCAGCCACACGCAAUCUUCUACAACAAUUCAAACAACCCACAGCUUCCUAUUCCUAUUCAACUCGCAAUUUUUCUCAAUGGCAUAGGCCAUUAUGGAAAUGCUGCCACAAUGCAGGAUUUGGCUGAAUGGGCAGGAGUGUCCAUCAGAACCGUGUACAACUGUUUCAAAUGA